AUGUCUUCUUGUAAACCAGCUGCCACACCUGUUGAUACCAAACCCAAGCUUGGUUCGAAUUCGGGUGCCGAUUAUGACGACCCAACAUUGUAUCGCAGUCUUGCCGGCGCUCUUCAAUACUUAACAUUAACGAGACCCGAUAUUUGCUAUGCUGUUCAACAAGUGUGCAUGUUCAUGCACGCACCUAAGUUAGAUCAUUGGAACGCUCUUAAAAGAAUCAUCCGGUACCUACAAGGAACUUCGUCCCACGAUUUAACUAUUUGUGCUUCUACAGACUUCUCAUUACGGGCCUACACGGAUGCUGAUUGGGCAGGGUGUCCGGAUACGCGGCGGUCUACAUCCGGGUAUUGUGUUUAUUUUGGUCCUAACAUCAUCUCCUAG